CAAGUCGUUCAGCGAAAAGAUCGACAAGGAGGUGAACCUGUCGCCGGCAACCAAAUUCGGAUGGAUUCAAGGAGUCCUGGUGCGAUGCCUUCUGAACAUCUGGGGUGUGAUGCUGUUCCUUCGACUCUCCUGGGUCGUCGGACAGGCGGGAAUCGGUCUCGCCAUUGCGGUCAUCUUGUUAGCGUCGGCGGUGACGAUGCUGACCACACUUUCCAUGUCCGCCAUCUGCACCAACGGAGAAGUCCGAGGAGGUGGGACGUACUACAUGAUAUCCCGGAGUCUGGGCCCGGAGUUUGGGGGCGCCAUUGGACUCAUCUUUUCUCUCGCCAACGCCGUGGCCGUGGCCAUGUACGUCGUGGGUUUCGCGGAAACGGUCCAAUCCGUGCUCACGCGCAAGGAGACGCUGAUCGUGGACGGCUCGAUGAACGACAUCCGGAUCAUCAGCUGCGCGACAGUCAUCGUGCUUCUCUGCAUCGCACUCAUCGGAACAGAAUGGGAGUCGAAGGCUCAGAUCGUCCUGCUCAUCAUCCUACUCACAGCCAUGGUGGACUUCGUUGUGGGCUCCUUCUUCCAGCCGACGGAAGUCCAGCUGGCCCAGGGUUACACCAGCUGGUCGUUGAAGGUCACCAUGGAGAACUUCAAGCCUGACUUUCGGGAGGGCGAGACCUUUUUCAGCGUCUUCUCCAUCUUUUUUCCGGCGGCCACUGGGAUCCUCGCUGGAGCCAACAUUUCUGGAGACCUGAAGGAUCCUCAGAAGGCCAUUCCUCGUGGCACGCUGCUGGCCAUCUUGAUCACGACCAUCUCGUACGUGGGAUUCGCCGUCAUCGCCGGGAGCACAGUGUUGCGAGACGCCACGGGCGAGGUCCUGAACGGCACGAGCCCCGAAUCUCUGGUCUUGAGCUUCGCCAACUGCACCGCCACGGACACCGGGAAGUGCCCUUACGGUCUCAUGAACAACCAUCAGGUCAUGGAGAUGGUUUCCGCCUAUGGCCCCCUGGUCAUCGCCGGCGUGUUUGCUGCCACCCUGUCUUCUGCGUUGGCCAGCUUGGUCAGCGCACCCAAGGUCUUCCAGGCCCUUUGCAACGACAAGCUGUUCCCGUACAUUCACUGGUUUGGCCAGGGCUUUGGCAAGAACAACGAACCCCGGAGGGGCUACGUGCUUGCCUUUGUCAUUUCCCUCGCUUGCUGCGCCAUUGGCGAAUUGAACGCCAUUGCGCCCAUCAUUUCCAACUUUUUCCUGGCCGCAUACUGCCUCAUCAACUUCUCCUGUUUCCACGCCUCGUUCACUAGGAUGCCGGGAUUCCGACCGGCGUUCCGUUACUACAACCUGUGGGCCAGUCUGCUGGGUGCAGUUCUCUGCCUCAGCGUCAUGUUCAUCACCAACUGGCCAACUGCUCUGGGGACCUUCGCCAUAGUGCUGGGACUCUAUAUUUUUAUCUACAACAGAAAACCAGACGUGAACUGGGGAUCUUCGACUCAAGCUCAAACUUACCUUGACGCACUCAACAGCGUCGUCAAGCUCAACAACGUGCGAGAUCACAUCAAGAAUUAUAGGCCACAAAUAUUAGUUUUGACUGGGAACCCGGCCGAUCGUCUUCCGCUGGUGGAUUUUGCCUACCUUCUGACCAAGAAGCUGUCGCUUAUGGUCUGCGGGGACAUCCGAAAGCCCCCGAUGUCUUACCGGUCCCGCAACCUGCUGACGGCCAAGGCGUAUCGCUGCUUCGAAGAACGCAAGGUGAAGGCCUUCUACAGCCUCAUUGAGGAGCCCAGCUUCUCCAGGGGUGUGCUUUCCCUCAUUCAGCUGGUGGGCGUCGGCAAGCUGCGACCCAACGUGGUGCUCAUGGGCUACAAAGCCAACUGGCAGACCUGCCCCAGGGAGGAGCUACAAGAGUACUUCGACGCCAUACAUCAUGCCUUCGACUCGCACAUGUCUCUCGGGAUCAUGCGUCUCGCGGAGGGCCUGGACCACUCCAAGUACACCGUGGUCGAGGAGGACGCGCCGGUGCCCACCGCGCCGAACAACGCCGGGACCAACCAGCUGUCCGCGGACACCAAGGGCAGCGUGAACAACGACGCUUCUUCCACCGAAACACUCGCCCGCAACGCCUCCAACUCUCAGUUGUCCCAAGCCGGCAGCUCCUGCGACGACGACGAAACGACGCCGACCCAGACGCCUUCCCAGACUCCGACUCUGGAACGUGGCAACCGAGACUCCGGUCUGGGGUCGUACCGCAAGACGACGGAGAGCGUCGCCGUGACGGCGGAGCCAGAGGCCCCGGUGGCGGGGUCGAUCUCGACGACGGUGACGUUCCGGCGCAAUGUGACGACGUCGCCGACGGUGCUCCAGCGCUGGACCCGGCGGACGUCGUCCCAGGCGCUCGAGUUGGCCCGCGCCGUGCCCAAGAACGUGCUCCUCUCCGUGAACCAGUUCCAGCGGAAGCAGAAGAAAGGCACCGUCGAUGUCUGGUGGCUGUACGAUGAUGGAGGUCUGACGAUGCUGAUUCCCUACCUGCUCUCAACGAGGUCUCAGUUCUCCGGCUGCAAGCUCAGGGUCUUUGCACUUGCCAACAAAAAAUACGAGCUGGAUCAAGAACAGCGAAACAUGGCCGCUCUUCUCAGUAAAUUCCGGAUAGAAUAUUCCGACGUCACGGUCAUUCCAGACAUCGUCAAACCUCCCAAGGAGUCGACGAAAGCCGAGUUCAACAGAAUUUUGAAGCCGUGGAGAAGGUCCUCUCAAGAUGUGGACGCUAAGGACUUGACCACGCCAUUUGUCAGUGAUUCGGAGGUUCUGGCAGUGAAAGAGAAGACAUACCGAAAUCUUCGUCUUCAUGAACUACUUCGGGAGCACUCCACAAAUGCUUCACUGGUUGUCAUGACGUUGCCCAUGCCCCGCAAGGGCACGUGCACAGCGCCCAUGUACAUGGCAUGGUUGGAGAUGCUCACGAAGGACAUGCCGCCCUUCCUCUUGGUUCGGGGAAACCAAACCAGCGUGCUUACUUUCUAUUCGUAGGUCAAGCCACGUCUCGAGCCCUGUCCAUCUUCAGAGAAUUCCCUCGCGUAGUUAAGGAGACAUUGAGUUGUCGGUCACGUAGCUUGCGUCCAAGCGUGGCUGCUGCUUUUUUAUUUUUAUACAUGAUGUUUGUUUCGGAGUUCAGUUUUCGAGGUUAAUAUAAUUUGGAGACGGGGAGCGGUGAUUUUAGGUAGCAUGCACAUCUGUAAAUACUUGCAUUAGAAGACUUUGUAGCAUGUGUUUUUUAUCGUUAGUUUUUUUUUGUUACUUAGUGGUAAAGCAGACCCGCGGAAGUUUUCUUUUUUGGUUUUGUUUGUCUCCUUGUUGUUCCCAAAGCAUUUUUUAUGAGGUGAGUGCAGAUGCCAAUAGGGCGAUUGCAUCACGUUUCUACAGCCGUGUUCCAGGAAAAAAAAUUCUAGUCUGAGAUUGUUUUUGUAAGAAGUGGCUUGUAUUCAAUAAAGAAUCUACAGCUUUCUCAUAAAA